CUGUCACUCACUUGCGGUUGCCAUGGCAAGCGGGCGGUCCCGAACAGCGGGACAUCCAAUGGGAGACGACGCUGCUUGUGUCACCAUGGUGACGGGGCUGUGCCCAAGGAGGUUGUGAUGGGUUGACAGGUGCGUGACAAUCGGAGCUCUCUGCAAGCAUGUACGCCAAAGGCAAGAGUAGCAACGUGCCGUCCGACAGCCAAGCCAGAGAAAAGGUACAGAGCUGUCUUGAAACGAAAGCGAUGAUGACAGUUUGACAAGGCCUUGAUAGAAAACACUUUUUAACCUGCUCAACACAUAGAGGCUGUUAAAAGUCCUCUUUAAUCUGCUGGCAUCCCUCCUAGUUUCUCUCUUAUCCCUGCUGCCAGAGAUGUAACUUGCCACAGAAGUGCUAUCAAAGCAGCAGCCUCUUAUUGAGCUGUGUGAGGCGGGGGGAGACAGCCUCUGAUCGACGCAGACAGAAAGAGGGGUGACGUGUCAAUCAACAGAGAGGACCCUGUAGAAGGCAUUCUCACAGGACGUCGCCUUGGGGUUCUUGAGAAGGAUCGACGUGACAAAAGGCCUCCGUCGGCAUCAGAUAGCAUGUGGGGAAGAGAGGAGGAGAGGGCACAGCAUCCUCAAACUCUUUUAUCACUCCCUUCAAAAGACGGAGGGUUAGCUCUGUAUGUGUACGAGUACCUGCUGCAUGUAGGAGCACAGAAGUCAGCACAGACCUUUCUCUCAGAGAUCCGAUGGGAGAAGAACAUCACAUUAGGAGAACCUCCGGGGUUCCUCCACUCAUGGUGGUGUGUUUUCUGGGACCUGUACUGUGCGGCUCCAGAGAGAAGAGACACAUGUGAACACUCCAGUGAGGCCAAGGCCUUCCAUGACUAUCAAUAUAAGAACUACAAGAGUGCUGCAGCAGCUCCCAGCCCAGUCCUUGGGAACCUUCCCCCAGGAGAGGGCAUGCCAGUUGGUCCGGUCCCACCAGGAUUCUUUCAGCCGUUUAUGUCACCUCGAUACCCCGGAGGACCCAGACCACCUCUCAGAUUACCCAAUCAGGGACUUGGAGUCCCAGGUGGCCAACAUAUGUUACCCAGUGGAAUGGACCCCACAAGACAGCAAGGACAUCCAAAUAUGGGAGGACCAAUGCAGCGGAUGACUCCACCCAGAGGCAUGGUACCGCUAGGGCCCCAGGGCUAUGGAGGUGGGAUGAGACCACCACUAAACACCCUGGUUGGUCCUGGGAUGCCUGGCAUGAACAUGGGACCUGGUGGGGGCAGACCCUGGCCAAAUCCUCAAAACUCCAAUUCAACCCCUUACUCUUCCGCAUCUCCCGGAAGUUAUGUGGGACCUCCAGGAGGAGGAGGCCCACCUGGGACCCCAAUAAUGCCAAGUCCAGCAGAUUCAACCAACUCUGGCGACAACAUGUACACUAUGAUAAACACAGUACCUCCGGGGGGAAGCCGGCCAAAUUUUCCCAUGGGUGCAGGUGGUGACGGUCCAUUAGGGGGAAUGGCUGGAAUGGAGCCCCAUCACAUGAAUGGAUCGUUAGGUACAGGAACAAGUAGCUUGUACAGGUCAGGAGAUAUGGACAGUCUCCCCAAGAACUCUCCUGGUAACCUAAGUAUGAGUAACCAGCCCGGGACCCCCAGGGAGGAUGGAGAGAUGGGAGGAAACUUCCUUAACCCUUUUCAGAAUGAAAGUUAUUCUCCAAACAUGACGAUGAGCGUGUGAAGGCUCUGGGAGCAGGUUUGUUUCAGUCGGCCAGUAACCUGGUGUGGAUCAGUGAAAAGAAGAGAUACCGGAUGUGAUGUCAUCUAGGCCAGUGACUCUUCCUCCACCACCACCUGCCUAGCCAGGACAGUUGCCCCAGGCUCGGUCCUCCUACUACACCCUACCCCCCACCCCUCCAUUGUUUCUGUCCACGUCUCUUCUCUCCUGUUUCUUCUCCCGUUCUAAGUGGUGACUCUGCUACAUUCAUCAGUUCUUCCUCUGCAAAUAUGAGACUGUACAAAGGAACCAAAUUGAAACAACCCCGAGGAGAACUCUUUAAAUAUUUUCAUAUAGUGGGUAUGAAACUGUGCACACUCCCGUCACAGACAGACGUGUCUGCCUUUUGCAUCAUAUUACAGAGUGUAACCCCAAAAGCCAAUGGUCAGUAUCCCAUUCAUGUUAAAGUUUAAAUUUUCAAGAAUUUAAAGAGAUAUAGACACUUUUUGAUUGAUCUAACUGGUUGUGACGUGGAACAUCAAUUGUCUUCA